CGGAAGCGGAAGCGCAUAAGAGGUCAUUGUUGAUUUUGAAGAUGGCGGCUGUCAAUGUACUGGUGUCUAGUUGUGGACGGCUGCUUCGAGGGCUUCUGGCAGGGCCUGCCGCUACCAGCUGGGCUUGGCCUCCAGCUCGCGGGUUCAGGGAAGUGGUGGAGAUCCAGGAAGGGAAGACGACUGUAAUUGAAGGCCAUAUCACAGAGACUCCCCAGGAAAGUCCAAACCCCCCUAAUCCUUCUGGCCAGUGCCCCAUCUGCCGGUGGAACCUGAAGCACGUGUAUGGCUAUGAGGAUGUUCUACUGCUCAGUCAGUUCAUCCGGCCUCACGGAGGCAUGCUGCCCCGAAGGAUCACAGGCCUUUGCCAGGAGGAGCACCGCAAGAUUGAGGAGUGUGUGAAGAUGGCCCACCGAGAAGGUCUGCUCCCAAAUCACAGACCUCAGCUCCCUGAAGGAUUUGUUCCGAAGAGCAAACCUCAACUUAACCGGUACCUGACCCGCUGGUCUCCCCACUCCAUCAAACCCAUCUACAAUAAAGGCCGCCGCUGGAACAAGGUGCGCAUGCCUGUGGGCUCACCCCUCCUGAAAGACAACGUCUCCUACUCCAGAAGGCCUUUGGUGCUCUAUCACUGACUGAGAGUGGGGCUUCCUGAGAGCCUGGCCAGAGUUCCUCCUGGUCUCCUGUCUCAUCCUGCCAGGAUGGAGGUGGCCUGGCUUCUCCACAGAUGGCACAAGGGGCCUGCAAAGAAACUGCAUUGGGAAGCUGGGAGUGGGCAGGGCAGGUGGUCCCUUGGCAGCUGCCGUGGUUGCAUGGCUGGCUCUGGCCAUGCUAACUGCUGGAGGACACAAGUUUUGCCCAAAGAAAUGUCAUAAACCAGGCUCGUGUGCUCACCCAC